CGUUUUAAGGCGCCAAUUUAGAUUUGUCGCUGAAGUUGAAACAGUUGAAACACACAGUUUGUAUUUACUGUUGUUAGCUGGCUCUAUAGCUGCGACCAUGGCUGAAAACACCUUCCCUGUCUAUGCCGUAGACGACAUAGUGAGCUUUUACCGGACAGAAGUUCUCACAGGUCAAGAGGCUAAACAGCUAACGAAGAGCGACCUGACUCCUCCGAAGCCAGAGACAGUCCAAACAUUGUACACGAGAGUGUUGCAAAUGCUGUUUCGUUUCAGACCCGAGUGUCACUCCAUGGUUCCAUUUGAGGUGAACAUUCAGAAUCCACAAUAUAAUGAGGCAUCAACUGCAAUCUUCAGUGUCAACAUGCGCAUGAGGCAGUUUCUGCCAAUGUGCUUCAUGUACGAUUUCACCCUGAAAGACCUUUUAUUUCCCAAAAAACAGAAGACUCUCUCUAUUCUAAGUGCCAUCAUGAACUUUCUUCACUUCAGGAAGCAGAGGAUGGAGAUCAUCUUGGAGAAGCAGGCCAAAUUCAGGGCCGACGUGGACAGGCUGCAGGCUUACAGCAAAGGCACUUUAGAAGCAGAGAAGAAGAUUGAGAUACUGACGACCAUCCCACCAGAGCAGCAGGCUGAGGCCGACGAGCUGGCAGCCGCUCUGUCCGAGCUCAAGUCCACCACCAUGCAUGAAUACCAGGAAGUGAAUGCAAAAAAUGAUAUCAUCGCAGAGCGGAAAACCAAGAUGGCAGAGAAGACUCAGAAACUGGCCCAGGUGAAGGUGGAGGUCAGCAACCUGAAGGAAGAAAUCACCAAACUCAAGUCUCAGAUUGUGGACUCUCCAGAGGAGCUGAAGAGUCAGAUGGAGAAGAUGAGGGAGAACGUCAGGAACAUCAAGAACUCCAUCGAAGAAACAGAUGAGCGUGUGGUGGAGCUGCAGAACAUGGCUCAGAGUGUGACUCACACUGAGGCUGAGAUCCAGCAGAUUUACAACCUGCUGCAGGACCUGGAGAGCAGCAUGAACAAUACCAAGCAGCAAAUGGAGGAGCACCAGGAGCUGCUAGCUCAGUAUGAGAAGAAGCAGAAGGAGCUGAAGAACCUCUGCAUGGAGGAGGGCCAGAUGAAGCGAGCUCUGGGCAUGAAGCUGGACAAAGAGUCCAAACAGAAAAUCCUCAGGCAGAAGAAGAAAGAGAGGAAGGAGCAGCAGGAUCAAGACGUGCUGGGGCAGUGUAACCAAAUCGUUCAGAAGCGUGAUGAUGAAAUCCGAGACAUCACCAGACAGACGCAGGAGGUGAAGGCAAACAUCCAGAGCCUGAGAGACGCCUGCAGCAAAGAGACGGAGAAAGCUCAGGCUCUGUAUGACACCCUGUCAACUUCAAUGGACGACCUCCACAGAAGAAUUGAGAUGUACGUUGUGGACCUGAAACAAGAUGUGACCAAGAUGUCUGCAAACUUUUAAAUUCAUCAUUCUACCCAUUCUACAUUUCUUUGUUAUAUAACUGUCUGUUAUUGCUUCUGUUAUGUGUUUAUACUUGUCUAACCUUGUUGCAUUUUUCACCUUAACUAUUUAAAAUGUUUAAAAUAAAGUUGUGUAUCAGUUCA